AUGAUGAUGAUGUUGAUGAUGAUAGCAGCUUCAAGUAUCAAUUUUGCAGAAGCAUUCAAGGAGGAAGGUGGCAUGGGAGGAGUCAUCCAUGUUGGAGGGAAAGUGCUUUGCCAGGACUGCUCCCAAGGCUGGAAUGAAUGGGUCCAUGGUGCCAAGCUUAUCAAGGACCCUGUCUGCAACAUUGCCACGGACUUUGCCGGUGGGAGGUCAGGGGUGAAGCUGAGGAGGGCCACUGUGGUGUACAGGGACUUUGUCAAACAUGUGCUCAGCCCAUUCUAUUACACUACUCCCAUGUGUGAUGAACCUGAUACUACUACUACUACUCACUCCUCUUCCUCCUCAUAUGCCAAACAAACCAAAUAUUAA